UUUUAAUGAAAUUUGAUUAUAGUUUUGGCAGUAAGUUUGGUCCAGGAUUCAAAAUAAAAUGCAGAAUUGAUUAAUUAUAUCAACAAUAAAGAAAUUUUGGAAGUAUUAUUAAACAACACCCCCAACAUGGAUAACAGUGGAAUAGUAUUUUAUCCCAUUAUAAAUUCCAUUCAGAGAAUGGCUCUAUAUGAAACCAAAGCAAAAUUUUAUUUGGUUGGUUCAAACAACACACAAACAAGAUUUCGUGUAUUGAAGAUUGAUAGGACUGAAGCUAAAGACUUGGAAAUUUACGACGAUAAAGUCGAAUAUACAGCAGAAGAAAUACGUAAUUUAAUUUGUAUGAUCGAAUCUGGAAAUAGAAGAGCUGGAGGUGGUUUUUCCAAAGUUAUAUCAGCAUUUGGAAUUGUUGGAUUUAUAAAGUUUCUUGAGGGAUAUUACAUCAUUCUAAUAACAAAAAGAAGAAGAGUGGCUCUCAUUGGACAUUACACAAUAUAUAAGAUUGAAGAUACAACAAUGGUUUACAUUCCACAUGAAUCUGUGAGAGUAGUACAUUCUGAUGAAUCUCGUUAUGUGAAAAUGUUUCAGAAUAUUGAUUUAGCUAGUAAUUUUUACUACAGUUAUAGUUACGAUCUGACCCAUACCCUCCAACACAACCUCACAAACCCUAAAAGAUUUGUAGCAACCAGUGAGCCAGAAGAAAAAGAGUUUAAUUUGAGUGAUAAGAGCACUGACAAUCUCUCCUCUUCUAUAAUAUCCAACUCAUCUAGCUCAGAUAAUGGAGAAACUCAAAAUUACGGAGUCAGAACACAACCGCAUAAUAAGUUUGUAUGGAAUAUGCAUUUACUAAGUGAUGCGGUAAAAGCUGAGCUCCAUCCUGAUUGGGUUCUUUAUAUAAUUCAUGGUUUUAUCGACCAAUCUAAUAUAAAUGUAUUUGGACGCUCUAUUUAUGUCACACUGAUUGCUAGGAGGUCCUGCAGAUAUGCUGGUACUAGAUUUUUAAAACGAGGUGCAAAUUUUCAAGGCGAUGUAGCCAAUGAGGUGGAAACUGAGCAGAUGGUCCAUGACUGUAGUAUAUCGUAUUUUAACAAGAGUCAUUUUACUUCCUUUGUACAGAUGAGGGGCUCUAUUCCAGGUCACUGGAAACAGGAGAUGGGAAAAAUGGUCGCCAAACCGGCUAUAACCAUAGACUUCUACGAUCCGUUUGCAGAAACAGCAGGUGCUCAUUUUAACGAACUUCUAAAGAGGUACGGUGCACCUAUAAUAAUACUCAAUCUAGUCAAACAACACGAACGAAAAAAACAGGAGCGCCUACUCAGCGAUGAGCUCAGCUCUGCCAUAAAGUAUCUCAACCAGUUUCUCCCGGUGGAACACCAGAUCAUCUACCAGCACUUCGAUAUGGCGAGGAAAACCAAAGCCAACGGCAACGUGAUGGGUCAUCUGGCCGAAAUCGCCAAGAAUGCUGUCAUGAAAGUGGGGAUUUUCCAUAACAAGCCCAAGUUUUAUAACCAGAAAGGAAAUACUGUGGUAGGGCAAUACCAGAAUGAUUUUGGUAGCUUGCAGACUGGGAUAAUUAGGACCAAUUGUGUAGAUUGCCUGGAUAGGACCAAUACUGCUCAGUUUGCUAUUGGAAAGUGUGUUUUAGGUUACCAAUUAUGUGCUCUAGGCAUUUUGGACACCCCUAACCUCGAAUUCGAUACCGACUGUGUGCGCAUGCUGGAAUCUCUGUAUGAAGACCACGGAGAUACGCUAGCUCUCCAAUAUGGUGGUUCCCAAUUAGUCCACCGAAUUAAAACCUACAGAAAGACAGCGCCAUGGACGUCCCAAGGCAACGACAUCAUGCAGACCCUUAGCAGAUACUACAGCAAUACCUUCUCAGACGCAGAAAAACAGAACGCCAUAAACCUCUUCCUGGGCUUGUUCCAACCCGAAGAAGGCAAGCCACAGAUAUGGGAUUUCACCAGCGACUACUACUUCCAUCACAAACCGAUCCUUUUUAGUCUGAAACCGUUGACGAUGUGGUGGGAUGGAGGGGUAUUAAAGAGUCUGCCGUAUGCGUACAACGAUCUAACUAAGGCUUGUUCAGAACUAAUUCAGGUCCAUUCUCAGGACGCCGAGAUGAUUGACUCAUUCGUUGAAUACUACAGGCCGUACGAAUUGACGAUGCUUAGCGAUGUGUUUGCCUUAAAAGUUCCAAACUCAAUAAGGGAUUUCAUGCCUAAUUUUACCACCAAUUACAGCCCUUUUACUGUAAGAGUGCGACCGGUGAGAAGACGAGAAGAGGGCAACAGUAAGACUGCACCGAUGAAGAAUCCAUCACUUACUGGUCAAAGUUCCACUUGUUCGUCAACAGCUUCCAGUACCAGUUCUAGUUCAGAUGAAGAGACCGUGGACGAAGAGGAAAGUUCCAACACAAACGACUCAUUAGCAGCUUCUUCGAAGGAGAGCAGCCCGGAACCUAUAACUUUUAAGUCACUGUUUCCAUCCAUGAAGGAAGUUUAUGGCACUGAGCUGAAAAAACCGAACCCAGAAGAUAUCCAUAUGUACAAAAAAUAUGUUCUUAUCGGUAAGAAAGCCAACGGUACCGCCAAAAACGUCUUCCAGUCGAUAACUGUGAAUCAAAAAAUGCUACACGAACUGUCCACAGACUCGGUGUUUCAAGUGUCUCCUCCCAAGGUGUCUGAGGCGUCCAUUGACAUUUAUAAAAAGUAUAUAGAAGUCGGGAAACAUGGCGGUUUCCAGCCAACACGAAGUAAUUUGUUGAUAUAUGAGAGAUAUGCUAAUUAUAAGUAAAAGUUUAUAGUGUAUAGAUAUUGUUUAU